AUGUCACCUUCCGCCAUUGUUACCCACGAAGACAACAACAAUUUUGAUAGUAUACAAUCAUACUAUCCUAAGGAUUCUUACAUUGAACUCAAUGGCGUGAAUACCCCCAAAAAUGUAAUUGGAAACGCUUUGAAGCAAAGGGUGGAAAAUAUUGAUAAUGAUGUCUGCGAAGCAGAUGACGAAGAUGCGUUCUUCGUAGCUGAUCUAGGCGAGGUUUACAGACAGCACAUGAGAUGGAAGAAAAACCUACCUAGAGUCAAGCCCUUCUAUGCGGUCAAAUGCAAUCCAGACCCACAAGUCAUCCGUCUCUUGGCAGAACUUGGCACAGGAUUCGAUUGUGCUUCCAAGGGCGAGAUAGAGCAAGUCCUCAAGUUGGGCAUUGAUCCUACUCGUAUCAUUUAUGCUCAACCAUGCAAGACCAAUUCCUACGUCCGAUAUGCCGAGAAGCAAGGAGUCAAGCAGAUGACAUUUGACAACGGCGAUGAGUUGCACAAAAUCAAAAAACUAUUCCCGGGAGCUGAACUAUUCCUUCGAAUCUCUACAGACGACUCAUCGAGCUUGUGCCGAUUGAGCUUGAAAUUUGGAGCAGCCAUGGAUGCAACAAGCGAUCUUCUUGCUCUGGCCAGAGAACUUGACCUCAACGUUGUCGGCGUUAGCUUUCACGUGGGAUCCGGUGCCUCCGACCCCCUCGCAUUUAGAAAGGCAGUUCAAGAUGCUCACACCGUCUUCGAGCAAGCUCGCACUUAUGGAUACUAUAUGCACACUCUUGAUGUCGGUGGGGGUUUCUGCACCGAGACGUUUGAAAAAAUGGCGGCAGCUCUUGGUGAUGCCCUUGAGGAAUAUAUGCCAAAGCAUAUCAAGAUUAUCGGAGAGCCCGGACGUUACUAUGUUGCCAACGCCUUCACUCUUGCGUGCAAUGUCAUUGCGCGUCGAACUGUUGAAGAUCCAGUAUCAUUGGAGAAGAGCUAUAUGCUUUAUCUAAACGAUGGACUUUAUGGCAAUUUCUCUAGCAUCAUGUUUGACCAUCAAACCCCUAUUGCUCAAGUCCUUCGUACUGGCAACUGCUCUUACUUCGACACUCGGGCAAGUUACGAAACCCCCGAAGGCACUGAAUACUCAAUUUGGGGUCCAACCUGCGACGGUAUCGAUCGUAUCUCAGCAAGCAUCCGUUUUGAUCACAAUCUUGAUGUCGGAGACUGGCUCUACUUUGAGAACAUGGGUGCAUACACCAAGUGUUCAGCAACGAGAUUCAACGGUUUCACAGAUAGUCAUGAUGUUAUCUACGUUUCUAGCGAACCUGGAGUCAACGCGUUGCUUGAAACGUAA